UUCGAGCCCGGCUGGCAGUGGGGACUGGAGAGACGCGCGCACUGAUAGGGAUAGGAAUGCAUUGAGAAGGAGCCGGAGCCGUACCUCCCUCCUUCCUGACACUGCUGCUCGGUUAGGAAGUUACGGGAGUUCAGCUGCAGGCAUCCCGCCACGAGAUUGGUCGUGGGCUGGGAGAGUCCCUUGCAAAGCGUCUGGACGUAGGACACAAGAUCAGGCCUUUUCCCGGAGCGUAAUAUCUCCGAAAGGGCCCAGAUAUAGUUUUUAGCCAACCGCAGUGUCUCAAUUUUGGAGAGUUUUUGUGUUUUGGAGUAACAGGGCACCACUUUACGCAGAUUGUCGAGCGCAGAGUUUAGGUCGUGCAUGCGGGUUCGUUCCCGUGCGUUGGCCUUCACCCGCCGCAUCCUGGAGCGCUCGAUCCGGGCCUGGGUCAUUUUGCGCUUCUUUGGACCCCUUUUCUUGGGCCUAUCACCCUCUGUAUCCUCUCCGUCAUCCUCUUCCUCCACCUCGUCUUCAUCGUCGUCCUCUCCUGCGUGCUCCGAUUGCGUCCUGCUGCCUCCCCUCAGAUCAGAAUCUUCCAUGCCGUCCUGUGUGUCUUGGUCCUCAUUUUUUAUCUUGUCCUCUUCCUCGCUGUCGUCCGCCCAGCCGGUGUAUUUCUGCACAUCGGGAAGGAGCGAGGGGUCACUGAAAAGCCUCGUCAACAUGGUGGCUCUAGAGAAUAGGGGAAGAAAAAUCGAAAAUAAGGCCCCAAAAAGCGAAAGUGAUAACAUAUGUUUUUGGAUUUAUUGACAGAAGAAUGUCUUCAAAUGUCUCAAAGCAGGAAGGAUUAAGAUAAAACUACACAAGUAGCAAUAAAUAUCAGAACAUUGAAGGCCUUUACGGGUAUUAUCGAAUAUUUAUUGCCUAUGCAUCGAUUUCAAGGAGAGAUGCCAAUAAAAUCACAAACAUUAUCGUGGUUUUGAUUAAAAAUAUCGGAUGAACAAGUCGUGCGCAUUUGUGGCAAAUAUAAAUGAAGGAAAUCGGCUCUUAAAAAGCGUCGCUCUGAGCUGCAGCCAGACGGAUCCCCAUUUAAUUCCCUGCUGUCAGCCGUGUGCCCUGGCGCGUCCUCUCACAGCAGGUCCCAGCGGCAGGGGCCACAUUACAGGUCCCGUGGGGCCCCCCACUUUCACUCCUCCUGGCGCCUAUAUACACUCCUGGCUGCAUUCCAGCACUAUUCGUCCCCAGCACUCACCUCUCCUCAGAGGAGGCAAAAGGGAUUUUAUUUAAUUGAUCGGCUCUAGCCCCGUUUACAGCCACCUUGAUUAUUAAAUUAAGGUUCACAGACAAACCCUUACUCAGGCUGUAAAACGGAUAUGAGCGCAUUUAACACCAUGGCACUUGUACUUCGGCUUAUACCCUCUAAAAACUGAACAGUAAUUAAUGUAAGGUCUGUUUUAGAUUUAAAACUUAAAUUGUAAAUCAUCACAAAUUGUCAGGCAAAAAUGCUCCUAGAAUUUAUUCAUAAAUGUCAAAUUAGUCCAGGAUCAGUUAAGACGAACAGAUAUGAAAGACAUAACUGUUCAGAUUUAUUACCAAACAAUCACGAUCAUUAAUCUGUCUUUGAAAAAAAAAAAGAAAAAGAAACAAAUUUAUCAUCCUACCACUUCAUUAGUAAGUGCAGUUCCAUCCCACAAAAACUGUGACGAUGUGAUCUUUGACAGCUUGAAUAAGCCUCCAUUGGCUUCCUCCCUAACAUGUUCUAUUAUUAUAGUGCAGCAGCAGCAGAAUGACUUGCAGCCCAGCGUAAGGUAGGCUGUGAUGGUUGGUUAAUUAUCUCGGGGGGUGUGCCAGGGGCAAAAUCUAGUUUUUAAAUCUCAGGCUCAGGAGGUUUGCUCAAUUAGACGAAAAAAACACAACAACGUUUAAUUAACAGAGCAUGCAGCUAACACGAAAUAGAUUUCACACAUUAUUCAGUAUGCACGAGUGCCUGAUUUCAGAGCACUUUGCAAUAACCCUUUACAGAUGGAAAUCACUUGUAUCCCUUUUAGCCCUCGUUAAAUAUAAAAACAUUUUUCUACAAACAAUCGGGCUCUCCAAACAUGCACGGCAAACCCUGGAAGCAACGACUGUGCCCUUAAAACAAUGUUAUGAGGAGACAGAUCGGUGGAGAUAAAACUAGACAAUCAGAGAUAAAUCAUAGUGCACAUUGCUUGUCACAUCAAUGGCGUUGUCCCACCCUUUCAUUUGCACUGAGAUUGAACGUGAAAAUCAUCGACAAAUUCAUCAAUAAAUCUCCCGUUCAGCUCGAGGAUGUCCUUCGCUCAGACAACCGGACUGAUACCAAAAUACAGUGCAGAAAUUCUGGUCCUCCAUCCUCCUCGUCUUUUGUUUCUCUGAUUCUCGGUCCAGACGCAGGAAUCUCUAAAUCAAAUUAGUGUCCGAUGUUAUCUAUUUGCAGCUUCCCUCAACACCUCUCCUUGGAAAUGAUCCUAUAAGGCGAAGAAAUCUGGACCUGGAGUCGCUUGCCUUUUGGGUCGAGCUCGGCAUUUGAUCUUGGCUCUUAUAAUCCGGGUUGAUUUGGAUGUCAAAAGUUGAAGGGCACGUCGAGGAAGAGCGGAGGAGUGAGAACGAAUUUGUGCAAAGCGCGCUCAUAUGGAAAUUUAAGACAUUUUAAACAUAAGCCCUUCUAGAUCCAAAUCAGAUAUUUUUCUAUUAGGUGUGGCAGUAUCUGAUUUAAGCCGACUGAAGGCACGUGGAUCAAUAACAAAAAAAAAAAAAAGACAAAACAAAGUCCCACACAUUUGCGACAAGUCGACAGGAUAUAGAAGUUGUGUCAAUAGUCGGCCUUUUACCUUCCAAACUGUGCGCAAAAGGUGACUGGAAUUGGUUCUUGGCAUUACAAUAAAACUAUGUAAAACGCGUUAGAAUAGGCUGCCUUUCCUGAUGUGCUCAUUUGUUAAUUGGAUUAAUUUUCUCCUCCAUUUUGGACGGGCAUCUCAACAUUCACAUUUUUUCCUCUAUUGUUGUUUAUGUUCCAACUUACCUCGGCACGAGCUCUUGAAAGGAGAUGGGCGAAAAAAAAAAAACGCGCUCGGGUUUCAGACCAUCUUCAGGGACCACACGGGAGAGCGAACCAACGCUCCCUGUCAGUGUAUGGAUGCAAGCAGCGCGCGGCUUUCUUUCACUGGCGCUCACGGGUUGUUCAGGGGUGCUCCUCUCCCAGCGCGCGCACUCAAAUGAGCGGAGCUUGUGAACGAACGUGCGUCUUGGCGUGUCAGUGUGUUUAGUGAGUGAGUAGGUACAUGUAUGCAUGCAUGUGUAAGUGUGUGUAUGUGUGUGUAUGUGUGUGUGCGCACGCGCGUGUGGCAACCGUGAGCUACCGGGGACGGGGUUACAUACCAGCUAAGGCUGUGAUGCCAGCGCCCAUAUGGCUGGCACGUCACCGGCAAGAGCCAUCACAUGAGAGCCCGGUGAUUGACAUGCGCCCGCAUUCGGAGAGAUUUGCCCGCGGGGGGAGAAGCAGAGAAAGAGAGAGAGAGGGAGAGAGAGGGAGAGAAGGAGGAGGUAGGUGGUGGUGGUGUUGGAGGAGGAGGAGGAGGAGGGUUCCGCCAUCUGUCACCGCGCUAGAGCUCACACAGCCAGAAAAAAAAAGGAAAAACAGAAGAGAGAGGGAGGAAAUAAAAUGGUGGAACAACAAACUCAUCAUUGUUGACCUGUGCUGAUGCUUCGAGGGGUGUGGGCUAAUCUUUUUAAUCAAACCUGAAAAUUUUUGUUCAUUCAUCUGCCAAACUCAUCAAUCAUAGUUUGGUGCGAUUUCUUGAAGAGCUUUGAAAAAUACCCCAACACUCACCAUUAAGGUUCCUUAAAAAGGCCAAUGAAUCCUACAAGGAUGACACUGCACCUGGUUAAACAGCGUGUAAGGCAUCAUCAUAUCAUAGUGCAUUAUCUUGCUCUUAUCAUUUGCUAUGAAUGGCAAAAUAAACCAUGACCCCCCAAACGAAUCAAGGCCCCCUUAAAAUUUAAUCUGUAAAAAUCAGCGAAUGAAAUAGAAACUCUUUCCUAACAAAAACUAAUUACCUCAAAUAGAUAGAAUAAAAACUGUGUGUUCAACCUAUUCCAAAAUGACAUCAAUUAACUCUUCAGCAAAUACAAGGGACAUAAACUGGGUUUAUAGUUGCAGGGUUUACCCUCCAUCACAUGUCUGUUUCAGAAGAAGGGCGGAGGUAGGGGGAUGGGAAUGCAUUAUAAGUGCAUUAAGGCUGUGGAACAGAAGGCAUAUUGUUUAUUUAUUUACCUAAUUGGAUCAAAUUAUGCUUCCAUGUAUUCAGUGAAAAGACAACUUAAACCAAUUGUGACUUGUUCUGACUCUUGUGGGCACAACCUGGGCUCAGAUGACCCACUUGCCGAAGCUUCAGAUGAGCCAGACUGAUUGAUCAAAUUUUUAUACGGACUUUCUUCGUGUGUAUGUUUUUGUGUGCGUGUGUGAGGAUCAGUGCCCAUGUGGUUAAGAGAGAGAAUCAAAUGGUUACUGGUGGCUGUUUCUGAAUUUGCGAGGUAAGCCAGAGCUACUGCGGAUGUUUAUGGUGGGCAUUGCUGAAUGAGAGGCGCCUGCAGGGUAGAGCUUCAGAGAGAGAGGGAAAGAUACAUACAGGCACUGCGAGAGAAAGGGCAAGCAUGAGACUGAGACCCAGGUGUGCAGGCCCACUAGGGAUGUAUGAAAAAUGAGGAGGAAGGGGGCAGUAGCUGGAGAUGACAGGGAGCUGGUGCUGAGAGCUGGCAAAGGUGCCCAAGAUUUAGAGGGAGACAUGUUGGCAUAUCACGGCGUAAAUGGAAGAUUUCCUUGCCAUCAGCAUCCCUGUUUCUGCAGUGUGUCUGCCUCAAUGCAUUGUGUCCAUCCAGCAUCAGAGAUCUCUCUAUUUAGCAGACAUUAGUGGAGUUAAUGUGGGAGAAAUGAGCCCGAUGACCACCAAGUCCAACUUGGCACAAACACACCCACAGGACUGAGGGGACAGGGACCUGGAGGCCGGGAAAUAGCUGAUAGGAACUUAUCAUGUCCUUGGGCUUGGAUCACCUCAAUAUCCUCCACAACCACAACUGAGGAAGCAAAUGGGGGACUGCAGGGUCAUCAGGGGUCACCAGUGGUGUGGCAGCUGUGGCUAGGGAGCCGUGAUGCCUCACAUUCACUAAUGUGUCCCAUCCCUUACGGGAUGAAAGGAUGCUAACCUGGCACCAACCCAAACCACGGUGGGGUGAUUGUUCAGUGUGUUUGUGUGUGUGUGAGUGUGAAGGGGGAGUAAAGGGGCAUCCAGCUUCACUCCAGCCAAAUUGGUGCCCUAUCCUUCCUCGGCUGCACCAAGGAGGGUGGGGGGAAGCAAGGUCUGCGGCCACGGGGUGGGCGUGAUGCUUGUCAACAAGUCCCAAACAACCUUCAGGUCACCUUGCCAAAAUAAAAGCUAAAUGUCAACAGCAUGGCUUUAGCCAGCGACUGGCUGCAGGCAACUCCAAUCAGGGAGGAUUUGAUCUGAUAUUGAAACUCCAGAGGAGAGCUUGUUUGGAAUUAGAAUAUUUUAGAACGACUUUGCAUCCUGUUUGUAUGCGGAUUAGUCUUAAGUAAGGGCCACCUGCUGUGCUUUUCAGGAGCUAAAUGCAUGUAAUCAAAAUGCAAAAAUUGAAACCCAGAAAAUUCUCCAUCACUCUUUUUUCCUCUGCAGUCAAAUGACACCCGACAUCUUUCCAAAGUCAUCUCGCCACACCUCCUUACGUUAUCAUUUCUUCCCCCUCCCUUCAUCCUCUCUCACUAUCAGAGAUGUGAGGUGAUGACCUGCACUUCAUUUGUCUUUCUAGAAGAAGUGCAUACUUUGGCUGCCACUAAUAUGAAAUACAGCACACACACACACACACACACAAACACACAGAAAAAAAAAAAAAAACACACCCACACACACUCCCACCCCCACCAGACUCCCGGACCCCAUCUGCACUCUCAUCUCUCCAGCCCCCUAAUUGCAUAUGCACAAAUGCAAAUGCCUAUUAAUUAAUUACUUGACUAAUUAGUGCAGGGGUAUUUUAGAGCGAUAAAUCAAGUGGAGAUGGGGCCGAGGACGGCGGGGCAGGAGGAGGGCUGCAUGGAGCAUCGACAAUGAACCCACACCAGAGGGAGUGCUCCCAUUGUACAAGUCCCCGUGUGUGACAGGGAGUGUGCAGUGAGGAGGGUGUGAACUCUACAGCCCUUUAAAGUGAAGCACUAUUUCAAAACCCUGAAGAACCGGAGGAGCUGACUGAGUGAGGUGAGUAUUUCUCUGACUGUCUGAGGAAAAGAAACUCAGGUUGUAUUUCAAAUUUGACCUCUGAUCUACCAACUGUCUUGUUUCCUGGCAGGUAGCCAAGCCUGGAUGCUCCUUGCACUUAUUUUCACAGAGGGAGAACUGUCAGCGACAUACUCCGACUACUCCUGCUGAUGCAUAUUUAUACUGAUAGUGUAAGCCUUGUACAAUAGUUCAAUGAGCAUAACAGUUGGCAUCGUUUGCGCGGUGAUACUGAUGUGAUAAUUGUGGCAUCUGUGAUUGGGAGGUGAAUAAUUCUGGCAGCCGUGGUGAGUUGUGUAUCUGUCAGUGUGUGUGGGUGCCUGUAGGUGUGCCAGGCCCCCACCAUAGGUACCCGAAGAGAUCUCCGGACUGAAAUAUUCAUUCUUGUUUGCUCGCCCAGACAGUGUGGUCCUAAUUGCAGCAUCAGAAAGCUCCACCUCUCCUUCUCGUCUGGCUUGGCUGCAGCAGAGACGAACCUCAUCUGGGAGCGGGAUGCCUGUGUAAGUAUGUGUGUGUGUGUGUGUGUGUGUGUGUGAGUGUGCGCACACGUGUACAUUCAUCCUUCUUUCAAGGGAAUAGAGUAAGGCUUGGUAGAUUUGUGCUUGGCUCCCUUUUCCCUCACUUUCGUACUCAUUCACAAAUCAGAUGCACAAAAGCAUAUUUUUUAAAGAGCGACCCACGUCAUCAGCCUGGCAAAUUCAUUCAUUUCAUUUCCCUGCAUGUCACAUUCUGCAUGUAUUUCAGCUUGCCUUCAUGCCUCAUUCACUCUGCUUGAGUUGGAGAUGGGCUGACUAUUGAUCUCUCCGUCAACAUGUCUGCCUGUCUGUCUGUCGAUCUGUCGGUCCACAGAGUGUGUGUAAAGCUCUGGAGUUUUUCAUCAGUUCCUGUGCCAACCCAACCCAUGCCUGGCCAAGCUGAACCAUCUUGUGGGAUUUUUGGCUUUUAAUUAUAGUAAGAGAGGAUUAAUUAUGGCAGUGGAAACAAGGGGCCAUGCAUUAUUGAUGCUAUGAGUGAAGGGCUGGAGGGGGUAGAGGGUGCUAAUUAAAUCACUGCCCCAUUGCCAUGUCCUCCUCCGUCUCUGCCUCCACCAUGUCUCCCACCUGCUACAUCUCCAGCACCCCACUACACUCUUUACUCCUCACAGGCACCCACACAUGCACAGACAUACACUGUCACUCAUACAAUCAAAUUUUUGUUGUGCUGUGUCAUGUCAGCCCUGCCUCUCUUUCUCUCUCUCUCUCUCUCUCUCUCUCUCUCUCUCUCUCUCUCUCUCUCUCUUUCUCCUGCUUUUUUCAAUCCAGAUUUACUUUAGUGAGAUUUUAAAAUCAAAGCUCUUUCACUCUGAAAGCACUCUUGCUCCGCAGGAAUCUCACUCUUGAAACCCAGUCAUGUUUCACAAGAUGUCUUCUCCAUCUCCAUGGUGCCUAAUAAUAGUCAUACUUCCACAUCCUGUUUUCAUCAAUUUGUACAACUAUUAGACAUCCCUCAUGUAAGAAAUUUGCUUUCAUCCCAAAUGGGGACCUCAGUUUCAAAUUCACCUCCCUUUUGGAAAGCAACAAGGGAUAAGCCUUUUUAAUGGCAAAGAGUAACCAGAGACUGCCACCUAGUGGUUUUAUUCAUUAUUGUCACCUCUGUCAUUUCAGAAUUUUGUCUGGUUUAUACUUGUUUAAAAAAAAAAUUAACUAGUCAUUAUUGGUGCCAGAAACCUGUUAAUGUUUCAAAGACCAUUUUAUAAAACAGAAGUUAUUCUGCGAUAGUUCAAUUUGAAAAGUGAUGCUUUUUGUGUUGCACUAAAUUAAUGCAUGACCCAGAUGAUGGAGUAACUAUUCCUCCAGUUACUCUGUCAUUUUUAGUUUCCACAUUUAAUUUGUUUUUAUGUCAUUGCAGAAAGUGAACUGACUUAAAAACAAAAAAGUUUGACAUUUUAAGAAGUAUUUCUUCAAAAUAAAUAGCUGUGAGCUGUUCCUCUCGGUAGGAUACCCGACAGGAUCCCAGCAAGGUCAGACAAUAGUGAACAUUCAUCAUUUACUGCAUUAUUAAUUUAGGUAGUUUCUUCGUCCUCUUGACUCUGAACCUCGUUUGGUUUGCUUAGUGCUCUUCUCUCAUGAUCCCCACUCAUUACCCUAUCUCUAAAUUCUCAGUGAUUAUCCCAUCAUGCUCUCUGCUGUGUUGUCCCAACACAUACCGGAUGGAUAUUGGCUCCCUGGCAUCUGACAUUACAAAGAUAACAAGCUGAGGAGGUAAUCCCCUUUUUCGGUCCCUGUUUUUCUUUCUAUUUUUUUUUCCAUGUACAGUUCUCAGGGCACCGAUUUAGGCUAAAUCUUUCACAGUAGUGAUUUCUAAAUGUGAAUAAAUAUGGCGUCCUAGGAGCAUACUAUUUAAAUCCAACUUUAAACUUUAAAGCACUGGGUUGAUGAAGUUCUUGGUGAAUUAAAAAAAGAAUAUAUGCACCAACACCUCUAUAGUUUCAUGAAGAAAUGGCCGUCAAAACAGCAAAAAGAAAAACAAAAUACCUUUUAUAAAGAUGCCAACACUUAGAAACGUUCAAAACUCAUGUAAGCUGCAUCUAAUCUUGAUUAAAAACACUAACAUUUCCGCUGUAAUUGCAUAAUUUGAACAGCAGAUGGUGCACGUGCGCACUUCCUUGUGCACCACCGUCAAAGCUUGUGCAGAAACGGCCUUCCAGGUGUAGGGACUGUUGAUGUGAGCAGUACCUGUUCAUUGUGUGAUGGUAUGUUAUAUAACCUGAUAAAUGGGGAUAAGAGAGGCGUCGAGUGUUGAAUGACAGGCUGUGCCUCUCUGUGCCCCUUAACAGAAUUACCAGGACACCUGCUCUGACGGUACAAAGCCUCUCUGUGAUCCUGAUUAAUAGAAUAUCUCACCUUUUACGCUGAUGUUUGUCCCUGAAAUCCCCUAUGAAGGUAUCGGCUUAUUACUGCUGGAGCACCUGGCAAGUGAAGAGAAUUAGGCCGCAUGAAAGAGAUGUGAACAUUGACAUUUGUUGGAUUUUCAUCUGUGACUCUCACUUUUUUCUCUUUAGUUUUAGGUGCAUUUCGUUUGAGCAUUGACCCAGAGUGCAUUUACUGUUCAAAAGAGGUCGAAUAUCACCUGUGGGGGUCUGAGAGGCCUGUGAAUCACUCUCCUAACAUGGAGGGUUGUCAGUGCUUACUCCACUGACUGACUGUCACAUGAUGAAAAGAUGCCAAGUUGAGGAGUGGAUAGAAUUACACCCCUUUUCCUAAUCUGUCUUUGGAGCCAUCUUGGAGCUUCUCCAGUGUGUGUUUGUGUGUGUGUGUAUAUAUGUGAGCCUGUGUACAGUGGAAAUGUCACACAUUUUGUACAGCAUGUCCCUGCUAGCUGCUUGGUUGUUAUCUUGUUUGGGACUCUAGGCUGUAUACGUGUGAUCUGUCUCACAGAGGUUUUUCCUCUGGCUCUGUCAGUGCAAUGAUUUAAUGAUGUGGCAAAAUCAAAAUGCAAAAACACAGUAGAGCUGAGUAAAAAUAGAUGCAGUCAUAUAAAUGGAUACCUACAGAUGGGGUUAAUGUGAUGGGCUCAGUGUCUGUAAACAAACAUAGUGCGGUAUGUAGAGGAGGUUCAUGUUGUAAUGAAAAACAAAUGCAAACACUCUCAAGAGUUAAAUUAAACAACGUGAGGAAGAAACAGCUUGUUAAAUAAUAUAGAAAUAACUAUCAUGUGUUUGCUGUUGGAUCACAGCGUCAAUACCUCAUAGGAUACUGAGGUAAACACGGAGGAGAAAUCUGAGAGUACACAGGUAUUUUUACUUUGAGGUGAUUUCCUCUGUUAAUCCAUUUAUGCUCAGAUGAGUUCAUAUACUGAACAAUCACUGCGUGGCUUCCAAUUAGAGCAAUUUGUUCAACUUGUCAGUGUGUCAACAUGCAGAGAAAUGUUGUUAAUAUGACAGACUGCCCAAGAUUUUUACAAUGCUUGGCUGCUCUGACAUCCAUAGAUUUCAAAGCCUACAUGAUAAUUUGUCUCUUUAGUAACACAUACACCAGAAAGCAGUGGGUGGGUAUAUUUGCUGUAAGCAUUUCACACAUUUCAUUGUUUAUUCCUUUUUUUUUAGUGGUUCCUUCUUUCAAAGUUGUCGCUCUUUUUAUAGCACACAGUUGUGAAAAGCUUCUCAUUUUAAUAUUUGUCUCACCCCAGCUGAUGUUGUGGAGUUGUAAAUGAUGUACUGACAUUCAAGAGCAAAUAUGAAGAGUAAAUAUUGUUGGAUUUGCCAAGAACAUAAUAUGUUGUUUGAAAUUAGAUAAAAAAAACUUUUGUACUACUGCCCUGAAUCAAUGUGCUGGGUUGUAAGCCAACAUGUGUGUGUUUUUAACAGCAUCAUGUGCCUUUUAUCAGUCAUGUUAGGCGAAUGUAUUUAAAUAUUAUUCAAUUUUACAUGAAAAAUAAAAACAAUAACCAAUUUUCAUACAUUUCAUUUUCCUUUUAAAUUACAUCCUUACUUAUUUUUCUUGUUUUUUUCUCAAAUAAAAAUAACUUUGCAUAUUUUUGCUAAUAUGUCAUCCACUGAAGCUGCAAGCACAGCCAAAAGACAGGUAAUACUUUACCUGAGAAUCCGUUGUAUUUUUUCAUUCCAUUUUUAUCAAUGCUUGCUCUGUUGGCACACAGACAGAGGUGAAAAUAUACAGUACUGAGAAAAAAAACCAAAAGAAUCUUAUUAAGAAAGGAUGGCAAGCAAACCACUUCUUUAAGGAAUUUCUUGAUCUCUACUGUAUAUAGAAUGGACGCCAUCUGCCUCCUCACUGGGGGAAGCCAUCCUGAGAACAGCACCCUCUGGUGAUGGGCUGCAGUAUAGGUCAUAAAUCCCGCCUCCUCCAGCGAUUCCUAUGGAGCUGUGGACAAAUUUCAGAAACUUACUACACAGAAUAUACAUUUUUCUCCCCCCCGGUUGUGAUGUUGACAUGUAGUUACUGUAAGACUGGUUUGUGCUCAAGUCCUCCUUUUUCUGUGCAGCUCCAUUUCUAAAAGUUAUUAGGGGGUUCAUGUGUUCUAUGAUUGACAUUUGAUUCAGCCUAUGUGCGUACGAAGAUUGCGUAGCUCACCUGGGGGAUACGCUGUUUGAGCCGAGCAUCAUCACAGCGACUCUUGGUGACUCUCCCGCCGAAUGUGUACAAUGUUACUGCGCGAUCUAGGUUUCAGGAAGUGGAGAGAAAAAAACGGAAAUACGGAGAGCAAUUCAGCUUCUAACCCAUAUACUGGUGGAAGGCGGAACCAAGCUGUCCAUAGUAUGAACAGUCUAUGAUUGUACCACGCAACUCUGUGGCAUUACUGUUAGGUGUGAUAACAGGUUUACUGAAGUUUAUCAUCAGUUUAAGUCUCAUAUUUAAAGUAAUGGCCCAAAUGGUCAUUGGAUUACUUCACAACACAUCUGUAAAUAGUCUCUUGCUUUGGCGUAAAGAAUAUCCCAGCAUAGUGUAAAGUAUGAAAAGGCCAAGAGUUUUCCUUGAUCUCUCAUGAACCAAAUUUUUAUUCUAAUGCCACAGCGCAGAGGAUAUAGCAAAGGGGGCUUCUCUUGUGAUCUGAUACCAGCUUACCAGCUCUUUGCCAUCAUAUUGGUAUGACAUCUUUUCUUGAGUAGAUUCCCGAAAUCGAACAACAGCUCGCCACGUCUGUGUAUCUCAGAUAUCCUGUCCUAAAUCUGUAUUUUAUUUGUUUGGAUGAAGAACAAAGGCAGAGUAUCAUGACAUAAUACAAAAGUUAUGCAGUUUUGAUCAAGCCGCAUCCAAUAGCAACAGGUGACUGAAAAAGACUCAGGAGAAGUUCAGCAACUUCUUUUCUAUCAUGUCUAUUAUGUCAAACUAUGUGAAAAGAUGCAAUAAUAACCUUCCACCUGCAAGCAUGUGCUCAGCCUAAAAAGGAGUGCUGUUCUAUUACAGUCAAAAAAGCAAAACCCUACAAACACCCACUCAACCUCCACAUGGAAACAGUGAAUAAAUAACAUACUGGCACACUGGGAUUGCUUUGACCAGCGGGAUAAACACUGAAUGUGUAUGUAGUACUCCCGGUGCACUUCAUGGCUACACCUUGACCUCUCUCCUCUGUUUUGCCCACCAGCCCCUGCAGCCACCUCACUCCUCCUCCUCCCUCUCCUCCUCUGCCCAUGCCAAAGCUCAACUCUGCCCCGAGGCCAAAUCCACUUCUCUUCACCAUCCAAAUCCCUCUGCCAUGCGAGUGAAAUAACAGCAAGGCCCUGAAAAUAGCUCUUGAACUGCCCCUCUUGCACUAUUUCCUACACUUUACCAUCAAUAAUCCACCUCCUGUUUCCGUAGAAUCCACACCCAACAUGUUUCAGUUAGAUAACCUGAUACUGUCGAGGUACUGAUAUAUGUCCCCCCAUUGUUUUUUCAUUUUAAGUAUGUAAUGAGAUUUCUGUGCUAUCCGUAGGUCAAACUAGUAUUUCAAUGGGAUUUAUCUCAGUUAAGAUGAAUGGACUCCUCCGACAGUUUUACUGUGAUGCAGCGUUUAUUCAAAAGCACUUCUCCGACCAUCACAUUUAACAUGACCCAGCUUACUUAGUCUUGUGAUGUCAAUAGCAUAGGCUUAUCUGUUUGAUCCCAGUGUACAUCCCCCCAUCCCCCUGCAUACUCCAUGCAUCUCUCCUCUUGUUUAUCCCUCCUUGCACUCCCUGCUCCCUCCCUCUCUCAGCUUAAAUCUCUCAUUCACAAAUAGAGGCCAAAAGAGGCUCAGCUGAUGUGAUGAGAUUAUUUUUUUUUCUGAUUACAAAUCAACCUCAGCUUAGAUAGAUAGAAAGAACACAGCCCUAUUACAUCCUCUUUCCUCUCCUCCCCUGUGCGUAGGCUCCUCCCCUCUCUCCUAAUGCCCCCUCCUUCUUUUGGACCUUGGCCCCUCCCCUUUAGCUUGCACCCACCCAUUUCCCUCCCUCAUAGAUCUAGGCACUUGCCUCAUUCACUCCAGCUGCACAGGUUGUAAGGCAGGGAGAAAAAGAGAAAGAGGGAGAACAGGAGAAGACGUGGAGAGUAUUAGAAACCAGCGAAGGACAGAGGACAGGAGUUAAAAAGGGGAAGGACUGUUCAGUUUAUUGCAUCAAAGAGUGAAGGAGUAAGCAGGAGACAGGUCUUCAAGGGUGGGAGGUUCCUCCAGGGAGGUUUUAGUGAUCUUUGGCAGUGCCCUCUCCUCUCCUUUUUCUGCUGGGAGUCAGUCCUCCAGAGCCAUGGAGCCCUCCGUGUCGACUGAGGUCGAGGGGGAGCCCAAGGAGAGGAAGAAGAUCCACUUUGCUGUGCCAGCCUCUGCACCCACCAACCUGGACCCUCGACAAGUGGAGAUGGUGAGCAGGAAAAAGACAGAUUGUGUUUGACCCAAAGAGAAAAAUUACAUCCUUGAUUUAGUUUCCACUUUUAAACUCUGAUUGUUUUUGUGUAAACUUUGAAAAUCACACUUCUUAUCCAUUCAUACAAGGAAGCAGGAGACUUUCUUUUCUUUAGAACUAUAAAUAACUUUAUUUUAAGUGGGUGAAUAUUUCCACUUAAGCUUGUCUUGAAUCACCUUGUCUAUCAUUUUUGAUAAGUUCCCAUGCAGUACUUGGUUUAAGUGCCACAUGUUUGAGAAAUAAUGAUGACAUUUCCCCUCCUCUCUGUUUCCUCAUGAGAUUAGUGCCCUGAUGUCUCGUCUCAGCUUGGUCUGUUCAACAAUGUGAUAUUGACACAAAGUCAUUAUCUCCCCCAAGAGGCCAGUUCAUUCUUUAGUAACUCAGCUGCAACAAAAGGCUCUUGACAUUUGGUUUGCUACUUAGUGUCCAAUGUUAAUAAUUAGUGUUUGUCUUUGUCCUCCUGUUGCCCUCUCUCUCUCUGUGAGAGUAACCUCUGUUAUCUGAACAUUUGUCACCACAAGGGUUCGACUUGUUUUUCCCUCAGAGAUAUCUUAAAGCUGACUCAGUGAAAUGUUUCAUCUCAUUUUUAAAGGACGAUCCGGACAUUUCAUUUUUGGCUCAGUGCUGCUAGCUCUUAUUUUAGAACAGAGGAAAGUGGGCCAAAGCAGGGACCGUUUGGUUCGGAGGUAGAUCGAGGCCAAUGGCUCGACUCUCCUGAGGGCUUCAGGAGAGAUGAGAACGCUGAGGCAGGGUGUGCUAUAUGAAGGGAAGCAGAGAGAGAAAGAUGUACAGCCUAAUCUUUUUGAUCACCUGUCUGGGGUCAGCUCCCUGAAUGCCUGUCCCUGUUUCUCGUCUUGUAUAAAAAAGGCUUUAUAUGAACAGCAAUCAUUCACCUCUUUCCCCCUGACUGAUAGUGUGCAAAAAAAGUUUAACAAGUGCAAGCUUUUCAACUACUUUCUACAUUUUUUUGCACAAUUCGCUUAUACAGUGCUACAAACUAAAUAACUUGCAGAAAUGGUGAUGUUUCACAUUGCUUUGCACGCACAUUCACACAUAAACUGUUCCUCUUCUCCUCUUAUUUUCUCUAUCUCUCAUGCCUUGUCAUUGCGCUCUGAUCCCUAUCACCUCUUCCAAGAAACCACAGGAUAUCAAUCUACCAUAUGUGAGCAGCUCUUCCUUUGUAAAAAAAAAAAAAAAAUGUUUCACUUCCGUCUGUUUUGGGGGAGGACCAUAUUUCUCAAUCACCUUCUGGUCAAACAGUGAUCAGCUAUAUUUAGUUUUGUUGGCGGCUCCGUUCCAGCAGGUUGACCCUGGUUUUUACCUUCAGAUAAAACAUGUAUGCUUAAGCUUUUGUGGUGGCUCAGUGUUUCUGCAGUGGACACCAGAUUACUCAAUAACUCGUGGUAAUUAGAUGAUUAGAUUGUGUUCGAUAUUGUGUGCAGGUGGAAGGAACUUGGUGUUACAACAAAGCAAAAAUGUGCAAAAGGCGAGUUCGAAAAGGAGGAUGUGUUUAUGCGUUCUAAAGCAAAUGGUGUCUACACGAGGCUGUGGGAGUCUCCAGGGGCAUGUGGGUGGGCAGGGGUAAUGGUUAACACUCAUUUCGUUUGCUUCUCCACCCACAGCAAUUUUUAGUCUGUCUUUGCUAAUGUGUUACAGUGACCACACAAUUCUUCAAAACUUAUUACACAACUGGUUACUCCUUCCUGUUCUUUCUAAUGACAUUUAAACCCCAAAACCACUAUCUACUGAACUGCUGGGGCCUUGUUACCAUAGAAACGGGCUGCACAACUAUGUUGCCCAAAGCUCCCCCACAGUUGGCAUCUAAAAGGUCAACUUUAAUGGACAGCUCUGUUUUUCUGACAGGUUGUUUACGUUGAUACUGGUACGUGUUUAUGUAAAUGCAUGAGUAAAUGCUUUUUAAUGCUGUGAAAGGACUUCCAUACCUCCCACUCAGUGAAAUAGUGCAGCCUUUUACACAUGCCUCCAAGGUGUGUUACAUUUUCUUUUGAUAAUUCCAACCAGUUUAAUUAUGCAUAUACAGUAUUUUACUUUAAAACCACAGCAAGGAACUUUGAUGUAAUGUUGACUCUUAUGACUUCUUAGGUGGAUUUUUUCAGGGAUGGAGACUGCAUUCCCCAUGAGCACCAUCACCUACAGUGGUAAAGAUGUAGCUCUUGUCACAGAAACAAAUCAAUGGACUACAUAUCUUCUUUUAUUUGUUUAAGCUAACUUUACAGAUAACUUUCGUGAUAAGGCAAUGUAUUGAUUUGCUGCUAUAUUAGAUUAUUAACUGUAACAUAACAAUAAAACUCUGAUUCAUUUGCUGCAGUCGGUGAGCUCAUAAAGGUGAGCAGACGGGUUAAAUGUUAUAAUAUUACCCGGUGCCGUGAUGUGGGCUGUGGUCUCCCAGUGGAUGUCAAAAUAAUGUAAAUAUGCACAUGGUUUAAUUAUUUACAAGCCAUUACAAAUCCUAAAUUCUUUUUCAAAUCCAUUUUUCUCUCUCACCUCACAAAGUCUCAUAUAAGUUCUCUGUCUAAAGCAAUCAAAAAAAAAAAAUGUAUUUUUGCUUAUCCCACUCCAGUUCCAACUCUGAGUAUGACAUAUCCUAUAGUUUUGUGUCUUUGUGCCGAAGACUUUUAAAAUCUUUAAAAACUGUCUUUUGUAGAUACUUUGAUAAUUCUUUAUCACUUCUAUGUCACUUUGGACAUGAAGUGAAACAUUUUUCACGUGCUUCUAGAAUAUUUUCACAAGCAUCACUCAUUAAGAGAGCAGCCUAUGACAGGUCUUCUUUUAGGUGCCUCGAUACGAAUUUUCAAGGACACAUCAGUCAUCAUCCUUUCCUUAUAUCUUGUAGUCAAAAAACAUAUGUAUUUUUGCUUAUCCCACUCCUGUUCCAACUCUGAGUAUGACAUAUCCUAUAAAAAGAAAAAAAAAAAACUCCUCACGCUCACUGAUUUUCUUCUCAAUGCCAAAUUUUGCAGCUCUUAAAAUAACCACUUCUGGGCCAACACAGUUACCAAAACUUACUAUAAAGAAACAGAAAAUCUCCCUGGCACUAUUUUAAGAUCAGUUAAAAGAUCCCUGGGGUUUCUCCAAUGUUUUAAAAGCUUUCCUAAGAAGUUUCCUAACAAUAAAACCUCUUCCUCUGUUGGUGCGUGUUUUGCUGUACAUAUACAACAGCUUGAAUCUUAUUUUUGGGGGACAAGGCAUCAACACAGUGCUCAUUAUUUGUGCCGAAGACUUUUAAAAUCUUUAAAAAUUGUCUUUUGUAGAUACUUUAAUAAUUCUAUGUCACUUCUAUGUCACUUUGGACAUGGAGUCAAACUUUUUUCACUUGCUUCUAGAAUAUUUUCACAAGCACCACUCAUUAAGAGAGCAGCCAAUGACAGGUCUUCUUUCAGGAGGCUCGAUACGAGUUUUUAAGGACACAUCAGUCAUCAUCCUUUCCUUAAAUCUUGUAGUCAAACUGCAGUUCUGCUCCUUUCUCCUCCCUAAAUUUCAAAAUAAUGUUGUUUUUUUCAAAUGGACAUUCUCUGAUCGUUUUCACGUUGAGAGGUCAUUUUCAAAGUUGUGGUUGUCAACAACAACAUGGAGAGAGCACAUGGCCAUGUUUAUCAUCCCUACCCCCCACUCUACGCACACCCACACACAGUGCUGCAUGCUCUGCCUGCGAUGUAGGGUAAUGUGCAUAAUGGACAGAGAUUAGGGUCAUGGAGCACACUCUCCCUCCAAGUCUGCCUCCCUGUGGACUAAACAAACUGACAUUCCUCUAUGUUUCUCUUCUCUGAUCUCAGCAUGAUCUGGUCAGCACAUGUUGAUCCUUUGAUUGACAGGAAACGUGAAAUAUAGUGGAUGAUGUCAAAGGGCAGGAAAGGGCAUCAGUCCACAGCCUCCCUACGUCAAAAACUUUCAUAUGAAUCCAUAUUAAACCUUAUGGGGUGAUGAAGGGCAUUAUUGUGGUCUCCCUGCCCUGAUCCCAUUCCCUAACCAGAACCACCUCCACUGCCCUCCCUAGUCUUGUCUCUGGGUAAAACGUCAAACAGCGACCUUUGAUGCAGCGCGUGUUUGUGGGUAAACAUUAGCAGUCUGGGGGACUGUCAACAUGCACUCCCAGAGAGCACAUCUUGUUGGAUGGCACAAAGCAUGGUGGGACAGGGCGAGAGGGUGCAAUGAUCUUUCUCUUGUGUGUGGACAGCCGGGAAUGUCACUGAAGUGGUGUGACUCAGUUCGCCCAAUGAUGUGACUGCUUUUAUGAAAAUGAGUUUUUAUGUUUCCUACCGUUUUUCUGCCCGAGCAGUUUCUCAAUGUUUGUAGUGGCAAAUCUAAUUGGGAAAGAAAAUCAUUUUCAAAGAUGAACUGCCAUGCUAGAAACCACAAUUUAUAAUUGCAGUUUGGACACAGUCAAUGGUUCUCUGUCUGCUUUAGGUUGUGGAUGUGUUUGUUCCUCCUGCUUUUGACAGUCCAGAAUUUUUGAUUUGUUAAUGACUCUAUGAAAACAUAUUCAUGGCUUGAGUUUUCUUUUUCCACUAUUUUGAGCAGUGACGCUGCAGGGGGCAAAAUCCUGUGUUUUAUUCCAUCCAGUUGUUCAUGUUUCGAUCUAAAAUUCACACUGACUUUUUAACAAUCCACUCCUCUGUUGGCUUCUGCAUGUGCGCAUGGAUGUGUGUAAUCUAUAAACAGUUCAACAACAUAAAUAUUGAGCAUGGGUAGAGUGAUUUGUUGCCUGAUGACACUGUACACAGUGAGUUGAAAAUGUGCCAUAAUAAUGCCUGCUGAACCUCAGGCAUGUGUGGGUGAGCCCAAAGGAAGCCAUGAUUACACACACCUCUCAGGGAGUACAACAUUGUGGUCAAGAAACCCACUAAUGUGUUUCCAAACUCCAUCACUCAUUUGUCGCUUUAUGAAUUAUCAUAAAUCAAACGUUUCUUCUGAGCAUGACAGAAACAGCCCCCCCUCCCAUUGUCCAUUUUUCCCCCUGUUGCUAAACAUUAUUCUUUUAUGCUAUCUGUGGUGCCUCAGAGAAACCACACUGCGUCUGUUGCACUUCUUUUUUUUUUUUAACUUGGCUAUAAUAACAGCAACAAUAACAACAGCAGCAGCAGCAAUCAUAUCUGCAAUGACAGGAAAGCAAGAGGAUUAGAAAGGGAAUAGUGACACAAUGGGGAGAGAAAUGUGGGUGGGGAAUGAGGGCAGGACAGUAUCUGGGUCUGACUUGACAUCAGGCAUUGGUAUGUUCACUGCUGAGCUGAACCUUUGACUUUGCCUCCUCCCUCUUUUGUGUUUUUUAAGCUACAGGAGCUGAGAUCCUUUUAUUAGAUAAACAGAUGCACAAUAGUAAAACUAAUGUAGAUGCACUGAGAUACAGGAAUGGUAUGGUCUCAAUCUCUCUUAUCACCACAGAGAAAACACAGAUUUUAUAAAUGGUGCUUUACCUAAUCUUUAAUUUUUCUUCCCAGAGACGGAUAUUUUAUCAUGUUUUUUUGCUUGCAAUCUCAUGAAUUUUAGAAGGUCAUCUUCAUCAAUAUGGUGAAGAGAAAAAAAAGACAAAUGCACACACAUCACAAUUAAAAAAUGUUCUUCUGAUGAAUCUAAUCACUGACUUGUAAACGGCACUGCAACCAUGGCACGUGCCGUUAUAAUCCAUCACCUGCGGGCACAUAUUAUGAUGCAGAUGAGUAACUAUAGCUACUGUUGCCUGUUGACCUCCGGUACUGGUCAUUGUCUGCUAAUGUCACCAUCCCGUUUGAGCGCAUGAGCAGUAAAAGCAAAGUUAUCCUUUUAUUUGCAGGUUGAUGUUGUUAGUCGUGACUCUGUCUCUGUGAAAGCUGUGAUUGACACCUUCCCUAUUGUUGCUGUGCCCUGUGAAUUGCUCCAGUGUGCAUUGUGGCCUGGCAGGUGGCUUCCUGUCACUCAUCUAUAUCUGCGUGAUGUGAUGGUUAACCUUUUUCCUACACUCUCUGGAACAACAGGUCAAACCGUUUCCAGUAGCUAAUGACCAAAAUGCUGGGGGUGUAUGACAGGGUGGAAACUGGGAGUUAGAGAUGAGGGAAGGAUUGUAUCACAUCAUUCUGCCAGGGGAUUGCACCACAGAUGCAUUACCUAUUUUGGGGUCAUUAGAGAGCUCUUACAGAUAUCUUAAGCCCAUCUGUUUAUUCAGUUAGCCAAUUGUGAGGUCAAAGGUGACUUUAAAAUGUUGCUUGAAAGUUGAAACGUAACACGCAGCAGUCUCUAAGCCUAAUGGGAAUUCAGUAAUGUCAUUAAUUUAAAUGGGAAGGAGUGCAUCAUGUACACCAGACUGACCUCAGAGCUCAUUGAGCUGCAUGUGGGGUAAUGUGCGUAGCCACGUCCUUGACCCUUUUUGAAACAGCUGGAAACUCAACAGGCAGGUGUGACUGAGGGGAGUUCAGUGUCGAAGCUUCCUGUCUGUUAGUGAUGAUCUGGUUCAUUUCUGAUGAAGGUGUUGGUCACACGAUCAAUCUGAGUGUUGGCUUUUGACUGUGUUUUUGCCACUCGAAUAAAAACAUGGUGUCUACUGGCUUUUUUGGGGAAAUGGCAGUUUGACUUGGUGGCUUAAAUUUAAUAUUUACAACAACUAACAGCAUGUUGAAUUCUUCAAGUAAACCACAGGGUUUAAAACAGUAUUUCAAUCUUAAAUUCCAUUAGGACAGGCUCAUUAAAAACAGAAGGUUGAGAUUAUAGUGCCAAUUAAACAUGCUCAAAUUUAGUCUUUUAGAGGAAAAAAAAAACACCAAGUGUAAUCUUUAAGCCUCUCAUAAACAUGGUCUAGAUCAGUGGUUCUCAAGUCCAGUCCUCGAGGCCCACUGUCCUGCAUGUUUUGGAUGUUUCCCUGCUCCAACACACCUGAUUCAAAUGAUCAACUCGUUAUCAAGCUCUGUUCUGGCUUAAUAACGAGCUGAUCAUUUGAAUCAGGUGUGUUGGAGCAGGGAAACAUCCAAGGCCUCGAGGACUGGACUUGAGAGCCACUAGUCUAGAUAUAUGCACCUAUGUUUACUCUAAACAAUGCAGCAGACAACACAUCUUUGGCCUUGUAAUUGACUUAACCCACAGUAUUUGAGUUAUUAAAUAAUUUAACAAUCAAAAAUGAAACAUCUGUUUUUAUCCAACAUAUUAGAGCUCAUUUUCAAAAGACAUGUUUUGUGAUGAGGUGCGGUACUCUAAAACAGAAAGAAAGCGCAGGAACCUUAAGAUCCUGCUUAAAGGGGUUUUGACACAUUAUUGUGAACUCUGCUCAUGCAUCACCAAGCGAGGCCACUUUAAUAGGCCUGCAGGGGUGUGGGCAUGACACAGCAACAAAAAAAUAUAAAAAGAACUAACCAGUUUAACUGAGUUGCUGUACCGAGAUGAAACUACUAAAAGAUCCUGACAGAAGUGACAUGGAAUAAAAAAGUUGCAGAGCCUCUCUACAUUGGUGAUGGACAGAGCCAAGGAUACUUAUUUAUUAAUGAACCUGGGGAAAAAAGAUGGAAAUGACUUAAAACGUGCAUCUACAUUUGUAUAAUUGAAUAACGAUUUUUCCUCUCAUGCCUCUGAUCCAUUUGUUGUAUGCUAUGGAAUUGUACAAUUGAUUAUCCUUAAAUGGUAGACACAUGUCCUAUUUGGCAGAUUCCAUAUAUGCAAAUCAAUCUUGUACAAAUCUAUCAAUUCAUUAGCUUCAUAUAAUUCUGACUGGUGCUGUUUAGAGUAUUGACAUGCACAGAUUGAAAGGAUGGCCUAUUUAGUGCACUGCUGUUAGACACAGGAGAUGUAAACUGGUAUGGAAAGAGAUCUAAGGGGCAUUCUCUCUCCCUCUCUCUCCCUGUUGUCUUUGCAUUUGGCUGGAGCUGCAGUUUUACAGCCUUUUUGUCUCAUCUCCCAGAUCCCUCAGAGACCCCUCCAAUCUAGUUUAUGCUGUCCUACUGUGGCUCCUUUUUAUAGGCCCGACCGGGAGAGAUCUAGCUUAGACAAAGGCCACUGGAGAACAGACCCAUAUCAGGCUCCUAUGCAAGACUGCACUGUGCCAACACUCCCAUACAUGUCCAUACAUACCUAUGCAAAGUCAACAUUUACAUAUGACUCUUGUACAACAAAGCAGGACUGAGUGAGAUAUUGGAAUCCCAUAUUGAAGUUCCACCAGGUUUUGGAAAAAAAAUUAACUCAAUAAUAAUGUGGUAUUUUUCAAAACAAGCUCUUUGUGAUUUUCAGUACAUCAGGAAAAAUACAGGAAUACAUUUUUAAUAAAUCUUAAUAAAACAAGACUAAGUAAAGCAAAUAUACAAGUGCUUAAAACUAUUUAAACAAAAGUAACUCAUACAAACAAUCUGCCAUGCCACCCCUCAAUGAACCUGGAGGAUUUUCUCUCUCACUAAAUCCUGCGACUCAUAUACAAUGCAGAGUCAGCACAUCAUUCAGAUUCACUAAUCCGUUGUAGAUAAACUAACUUACGUUCAUUUCCAUGCAGUGCAUCACCCAGUGUGUUUUCACCCAGUCAAAUCUCAGUAUGAAACCUGGUGGGGUGCAGCUGCCUCUCGGGGAGACCUGCAGGCGUGCACCUGUGGAGCUGCUGAAAGGCCACCGCAGCAGUCUGCAUACAGCCACUCAGUCUGUGGCAGCUCUACUGGUGCUUGUGAUAGACAGACAGACAGACAGACAGACAGACAGUGGCUGCCAACAGAGGAGUGUGUUUGGGAGAUUGGGGGCAAGGGGUUUAGAAAAGUAGAUAUGGGUGGGGCAGAGGGAUAAAGGGUAGCAGGAGUAAUCUCGCACGCUGUGCCCCAGUGUUGGCAUAAAUGAGGAAGUCACAUACAUAUUAUGUAACUCAGGCAGAGUGGGGGGGUUUAAAGGCUGGAAAAUUACUGAGUUACUACGUGCGUCUAUGUCAUCUGCCAUUGCCAGUGUGACACGGCAACACGUCACCACCAGCAUCCCAGAAACCAUCAUUGUUUUGUGUGUGUAUACGCAUGUGUGUGUUAAUGUGCGCAAAAAGGGAUAGAGACAGCUGUACUUGUCUGCUUGUGAUGCAUCAGUGUCCAUCAUCUACGUAGUUUCAUUACAUUGUGUUUUAUCAACCAACAACCUGUUGGACUUUUGACCUGCGAGAGGCAUGUUUCAUCUUGAUGGUCAAGUGGGUCAUUUGCUGGCAUUUCACAAGAUUACCACGAUGUUUAGAUGCUGACAUUAUGGAGGCGGGUAUAUGCAUUUACACACACAUGCACAAACAAACACACACUCACAAACAUGAACCAUGUGAGCUCAUAGAAAUAAAUAGAAAGAUAGUCAGAAUGUUUUUCAGAGACUUCACCGAUUCAAGAUAUUUUUUAAUCCUCAGUAUAUUCCCAGUCCAAAAACCUCAAAUUCUGAGACUAAUUUCUUGUCAAUCAACUUAUUUACAAAUUGAUUCUGGAACCAGUUCAAGGGUUCCCUCAGUUUAAAGGCCCUGAUGCUGCAGGACUUUGGGACAGGCUUGAUCAUGGCAACAUCUGGUGUUUGCUUUCUCUAGAAGGUCCCAGGCCACCCUGCAAGGCUGGGAGCAGGUGUCAGGCAGGAAAAGGCAGCAGGGUUCACAGUGGCAUGAAGCCCCAGGCCUCCACAGCUCACCGAGGGAGAGAUGGGGGAGACAAAGGGGGAUUAAGUAGGCCCUGUGGAUGUCCAGCGCCAAAACAGACAGAAAGAGAGAGAUCAGUCAAGGACAGGAAAAGAGGAGAGAGUCUGUAAGCACAAAGGAUUUUAAUUUUUAGAAAAACUGGUGAUGAUGUGGAGAGGAGAAGUGAUUACAAAAGUAAGGGUAAUGUCACUGUCAAGUACUGACUGACAAAUCUGGAUGGAGGAAGCGAAGGAUCAAGCGAGAUGGAAAUGACAGGUGAAAAUUAGAAAAACUGAAGAUGAGAAAUUCAAGGGAGACUGGAAGCUGUGAGUUGUGUGACUGGAUUAAAAACUCUGUCCGGUGUCAUAAAUAAGGGAGAAAUCCACGCUUGAUUACUCUGUGUUGUCGUGUUUGACAGUGGCAGCAUUCCACCAUGCGGCCCAGCAAGCCUCUGCUUUGGCAACAUGUUCCUCACUGCGAUGACGCACACCUCGCCUAACAAGAGCGAGGCGAACCAAACACAAACACACACCCCUCCGUAUGGAGCGGUGAGACACAAAACAGAGCCAAGCUACUUAACUCUCAGCCUGUGAUGUUGUGUGGUGCCGUAAACAGCAGUGUGGAGGUUCAUAUCAUGGCCAAGGUUGGCGUGUUCCUUAGAGGGCACUUUUCAAUACUUUGUUUGUCUGACCUGCCAAGUCCACUUAACUGCUCUGCUUGCACUCAUAAUUCCCUUUUUCAUCCAGGAUUUUCCAAAAGGUUAUUUUACAGAUGGCAGCUAUAAAUCGUCUGGAGUUACCGGAAAGUGGGUCAAAACAUCGAGCACUGCAUGUCAAUUUUUCUAUAUAUGAAACACAUACUCAAGACUUUCUGCUCAGAGUACUACAGCUUAAAAACCAUCUGCUACUCUCUUAUCCGUCAGUGUUUACAGUUUACUCCUUUAAGAAAAACAUUUGUUGCUUAAAAAUUAAAAUUAAGUCUGUUGCAACCAUAGACUGUAUAUUCUAUGGACAACUUGGUUCUGCCUUCCACCUGUAUGUGGGUUUGAAGCCUAAAAGCUGUAGGUAUUUCCACGUUUUUCUCGACUUCCAAAACCCAACAUUGCCCAGCAGCAUUGUAUGCAUUCGGUGGGAGAGUCGCCGAGAAACGCUAUGAUGACACUUGGCUCAAACUGUGUAUCCCACGGGUGAGCUACGCAAUCUUUGUAUGCCCAUUGGCUCUAUCAAGUGUCAAUCAUAGAAAACAUGGAUCCCCUAAUAACUUUUAAAAAUUGAGGUGGAAAAAUAUAUUCUGUGUAAUAAAUUUCUUAAGUUUGUCCACAGCUCCAUAGGGAUUAGUGGAGGAGGUAGGAUUUAUGACCGAUACUGCAGCCCGUCACCAGAGGGUGCUGUUCUCGGGGUGACUUCAACCAGCGAGGAGGCGUCCAUUCUAUAUACAGUCUAUGGUUGCAAUGCUGUCUGGGGUAGCCCAAGUGGAGCAUUGACAUAUACAGAAGUGCCAUGAGGUUUAUGUACAGACAUACACACACUCACACAGUCAUACAUGAAUGAAUGGUAUUCAUAUAUAUCCUUUCUAUCUCUACUAACCUGGAGUAGUCGAUGCAGUAAGGUUGAGGUAUUUGAAAGAUGUUGAUUAGUGAAAAAUACCCUAAUUGACGAUGCUUUGGUACCACAAUGUUUUAAGUUAUAGUAAUUUUGACUGUUUGGCCAUGUGUAAGAGUUUGCAUGCUCUUUUUGGUGGACAGACUCCACUUUUAAGGGUGGCACCUUGAUUAGCUAAAUCAGAUUUUGAUAGUAGGGCUUGCCACCUGUGACCUCCCCUCUGUUGCUAUGGUUGUAAUGUUUGCAGGUUUCCGCAAUGUAAAAUAAAAUAUAUAUAUAGUGCAAACUUAUGACUUAAACUUUCCUAACCACUCUGAAAGUAUCAAACUACAAAGCUGGGGUGAGCUUUGAUUAUGUGUAUCUGAUGAGUCCUCUGAAAUAAGCUCAACUGAUUCACCAUUUUGCCGUUUCCUUAUAUAUUAAAGUUUUUUAAAAUAAUAUGAAAGUGGUCUUGUUUUCAAAGAUUGAAUUUUAAAACUAGAAAAGCCAAUAAUUUUCCUCAUCGAAUGACCCAAAACUCAUUGGAUAGUUUUCUUAAAUUCUUUUAUAUUGACCAUUUUCUGAAGACUAAUCUAUUUCUGGCAUAUUACAGCUUAAAAGGCAGACUGUAAAAUAGGACAGAGUGACAGAGAAACAGCAGUAGUUGUUUAUUGUAGUUUUGCUGUUUGUCCAGCUAGUAAGCCUGCAAAGUCUGUAGGACCCUCUCUGUCUCUCCUGUAAGUUGGUAUUUUUCAGAUCAAUGCCUUCCUUGCACGAUAAUUCAUUUACACAUUUCAUUCUUUGUCUGAUGUUAUGUUCUCUCUUUCUGCCAGUACUGGAGUCACAUAUUUACCCUCUUCCUUCUCAAGAAGUGUUUUUUUCUGCUGCUUUUGUUGAGCAAACUUCACAGCCGGACAGAUUUCAGGUCCUACUUACUUUUCUGUACCACAAUGUUUAGUGCCUGGUUAUAAAAGUUUUAAAAAUUCAGGUGCUUUUCUGUACUGUGCCUAUGCAUAAGUAACUGUGCCCUGCUGAAGGCCAAGGACGGGUACUAGUCCUUAUGCUUGGGCUCAGUACAAACUGCUUAAUGUAAGUGCGCUCUCAUGAACGUCUUUUUCUGCAGCUGGCUGUUUAUCACUUCGUCUGACGUCUACUUGUGGCAGCAGAAAUAAUCAUUUCUUAUGCUUAUGACCUUAUUUGCUCCUGUAUGUCCUACAGGAGCAUCUAGUGUCAAAUUCAGUCUGUUUCAUAACUGGCUUAAAAUUUCUCACAGGAGCUUUGAUGACAAACUGUAGGAGUACAGUCGCACAGACACGGCACAGGAUGGUGAGCUAAAGGGGCACUGCUGAGCAUUUCCUGUAAGGACAGAGGGUUCACUGUAAAUGCUCACAGACCAACAGUAAAAAACAGUGUCUGAGCUCCCCAAGGCGGGUUAAUUAACUAUAAAUCCCCUGCAAUGGUGCUGCUGUUUGUGCACAUAUAAGACCACUGUACAUGGUGCAUUCAGGUGAUCAAACAUACCAAGAGUGUUAUAUGUGGGGUGAAAAGACAGCUCAGUUUAAAUGAAUCUACAAGCUACAAGCACCAGCUGCACUUUUCAAACAGCCUGUUUAUGGUUAAUAUAUCUUUAAAAAAUCUGAGAGUUACAUCAUAACACCUCCUUCACUUUUCAAACCUAAACUCCGACCUGAUCAGUACCUGAAAAUUGUGCAGUCUGUUGACCCAUCAGCUGACUGGGCUGCAUCUGUGAUGAAGUGACCAAGGCCCCUGCAUGAACUGACAACAUUACCCAUCUGAUUUAUGAGGUUUUGAGAAUCAUGAAUGAAAAAUUGAUGACAAGUUUAAUUAUUCAUUUGUUUAUGGUUGCCUUUCAUGUUGGGUUGUAGAUCCGGCGCAGGAGGCCCACUCCUGCCACACUGUUCAGGGUAGCCGACCAAUCAUCUCCUGACGAUGAUCAGUCCACCCAUCAGGUAAAGGUGACAUCAACACACUUUCUAUUGUAGGUGUCUGUGCAUUUUCAUCUGUCCUGCAUGAAAAAACCAUUUAGAGUAAUGAGUUAGAGUUGGAGUGAGUCAGUGUUGGAUGUUUCUUUUUGUCACGUUACAGCUUUUGUAUGUCUGAUGUGUCCACCAUCACAAAUUAAAGUUGUUCUGGGCUGUCAUUACACAAGACCAAGCCUAAGGAUUUAUCGUUGAACUUGAUAAUGUGCAAAAUGAAAAAAAGAAAAGAAACAACAAUAUGUAUUCAGAGAAAAUAGGCAUCUAAACCCUGUUAUUGGAUUUUAUGGCCUUGUAGUCAGAUUUCAGAGACAUAACUUCAAGAAAAGCUUCUUUGCACAUGUGUAGAUGAAUGCACAGGUCAGAAACCAAUGUUGCCAUGGACUGCGCUGUGUGCCAAGAAAGACAUGUGAGAGUUUUUAAGAGUUUUAUGACUUAAGGUUAAAUAAUAGCAUUCAAAAAGGCCUGACUGUGCAGAGUGAAGGAUAAGCUUUUCAUUUUCUUUUGCAGGGAGUGGAAAAGUCUCCCUGCAUUCAACCUUUAAUCUAAUGAUCCCUCUUUAGAGGAACGACAUAAUAACACAAUUCAAACAAAUAUUUAAGCAUUUGUUAUUCCCCAAGAGGUCUUUUUUUAAUAUGAAUAUGUCUGAGGUGGAUUUUGGAGAUGAAUACCCUUGAAAUGUUGUGUAUUUGAGUGUUUCCCUUGUUUGUUUGCAGUGGGUCGUCGGAGAAAAUGGAGUGCUCAAACCCAAACGUGUCAAUCCAAAUGUGUAUCAGCCUCCAUCACUUAAAGGUAAGAAGUGUGAGCAGUGUUUACACAGCAGGUGCUGCUUUUGUGUUGUGGUUCAUCCUUCUGUUUGUGCCCUUUUUGCCUUACCAUGCUUCACUGCAGUUCUUUGCUUCCGCACUUCAUAUCAGCAUGCAAUACAGUUAAAAUGCAUGUGGCAGAUGGGUGUAUAUGAAUCAAAAGGCUUAAUUUCUUUCCUUUAACCUGCAUGUGCAUGUGUGGUAUGCAGGGGUAUUUUUUUCCCAUGUGUUGCUGCUAUUAGUGUACGAUCAACAACAGGGUGUGUGUUUGUGUAACAAAGAGAGAAAGGGAGAAAGAGAGAGAUUAGAGCGUGACAGCUGUGAGACACCGAGUGUGAGUCUAGGAAAGUCUGGAUCAUCCAGGAUUACAGUCAGUUGUGUAUACAGCUGUGAUACACACACACAGUAACACAGAGACGAACACACACAUAUGGACAGGAUAGAGUGAAAACAGACAUAUACUUUCUUAGUGUCUUUAGGCCUCCUGGGUGUUACAUUUAAUGGUAAAAGGAGCAAAAAUCCACAUUUCAGAGCCUGUGAGUAGACCAGGUUUAAUGUGGAUAUCAUUGUGUGUGUGUGUGUGUGUGUGUGUGUGUGUGUGUGUGUGUGUGUGUGUGUGUGUGUGUGUGUGUGUGUGUGUGUGUGUGUGUGUGUGUGUGUGUGUGUGUGUGUGUUGUCGUUGAGUGGUGAUAUACUAAAGCCAUGAUGCUGCAUUAGAAACCUGCCCUUCAGAGAGUGAAAGAGAGCUUCCCCAGACUCAUUUCCAGUUACAUAACAAACCUCAAGCCGGGAUAAGUGACCUGCUUCAAUGCAGCGCUGAGUGAGUGAGGGUGUGAAAGAGUGAAGGGAGAGAGGCCAGGGUGACCCAGAGGGGGUGAGAGUGGGCGUUGAGGUACUAUCACAAAAGAGAGACGAGAGAAGAGAGAGGAAGAAACAAUGUGAGUCAGCAAAACCUGGAAAAGAUGAGGGUGAAUAUAAACAGGACAGAAAACAACAACAAAGCUGUGCUUUACAAACUGAAGUGGUGUCGUCUUGCAGACUCUCUGUCUCCACCUGUCUGUCUGCCUUUUCGCCUCUCUCUCUCUAAUUAGCCUCCUGCUAACUGGCAUGUCAGAAAACUCUGUAUGAGGCUUGAUAAAAACUGACAGUGUUGAAGCGUGGCCAAACCAGAACAACAAAUCCCUCUAUCCCUGUUUGUGUCCAUGUGUGUUUGUGCUCCCCUCUUCCUAUGUGUGUGUGUGUGUUGUGUUUCCCUGUUUGUGUAGCUGUGCAGAAGAUGGCUGAAGCACAUAUGCAGAACCUAGGUGUCUACCCCCCUUUUGAAGACCCUUAUGAGGUGGAUGAGGAUGAGGAUGAGGACAACUGGCAGAGACAGAAGGGAGAGGACGUGUCUCCCGCCAAAGCUGCUGGUGAGAGGGAGGCUCUCUGAUGAACAGCAGCAGCUCACUGCACCCUGAAAAAAAAAAAAACACUCUGGGACACUUCAACACUGCUAAAACAUCCAUGCUGGAACUGUGCAAUCAUUUUGAAGGAUUAGUUUGGUUGUUUUAACUUAAACUCUUACUUACCGCUUAUUAAAUUCUGCAGGUAAGACUAUCA